GGGCAGAGGCGCCUCCUCUCCUGGCCGCCUCUUAUACAUCGGCCCCGCCGCUCCUCGCCCGCCCGGAGAGCAGCGCCCGCGGGACGCACGGACCCCGCUCCAUGUCCAGCCCGGAGGAGCCAGCCUCGGAAGGGCCGAGGCGGAGGUGAGCGCCGCGGGCCUGGAUGGCCCUGGCCGAGGGCGGCUGGUGCUUGCUGAAGCGCUGCGGGCCAGACGUGCCCCCUGGCCGGGAUCUGCCGUCGCCCUCGCCGCCGGCCAAGCCCGAGGGCCUGGCGGAGGGGAGGGCCCUGCGCGGCCCCUUCGUCUCCCUGGCGGCCGCGCCGUCCAGCCUGCCCAGCUGGGAGGACCUGCUGCUCUUCGCCGACCUGGAUCAGGCCAACAAGCUGCUGUGGUCCAGCCGCGCCUCGGCCAAGCUAAGCCCGGAGCCCGGCCCGCCGCCCGUCGAGGACAUGUACCCCCACCCCCACCAGGGCUUACCCGGCGGCGCCUACGAGGGGCCCCCGCCCGCCGCCUUCGCGCCCGCCGCCGCCCCCGCCGGCUCCCCGGUGUACGUGCCCACCACGCGAGUGGGCUCCAUGUUGCCCUACCUGCAGAGCCCCGCGGGGGGCGGCCAAGGCGCCCCGCCGCCCUCCUGGCCGCCGCCUGCCCCCGAGAGCCCCUCGUCGGCCUACGGCGGGGGCUGCGUCUCGGGCCGCUACGCUUAUCCGGCCGGGAGUCCGCCGGGCCCCGGGGGCGCCUCCCGCGACGCGGCAGCCUACAGCCCCCGCGAGCAGUUCCGGCCACUCAACGGAUCCUACUACGGGCCCUACAUGGGCGCCCAGCUCGGGCCCCCCAGCUGGCCCGCCGGCCCCUUCGACAACUCGGUGCUCCACUGCCUGCCCAGCCGGUCGCCCCUCGCCGUCCGCCCCACCAGCGCAGACCUCCUGGACGAUCUGUCAGAGAGCCGGGAAUGUGUCAAUUGUGGCUCCAUUCAGACCCCCCUGUGGAGAAGGGACGGCACUGGGAACUAUCUAUGCAAUGCCUGUGGACUAUAUACCAAGAUGAACGGUCUCAGCAGACCCCUCAUCAAACCCCAGAAGAGAGUGCCUUCUUCAAGACGACUGGGUUUGUCCUGUGCCAACUGUCACACUACGACCACCACCCUCUGGCGCCGGAAUGCAGAAGGAGAGCCUGUUUGCAAUGCUUGUGGCCUCUACAUGAAACUUCAUGGGGUGCCCCGACCCCUUGCUAUGAAAAAAGAGGGAAUUCAAACCAGGAAACGGAAACCAAAGAAUAUAGCUAAGACAAAAUCAUGCUCUGGUAAUAAUAACAAUAAUGCAGUUCCUAUGACUCCAACUUCCACGUCUUCUACGAACUCAGAUGACUGUAGCAAAAAUGCUUCCCCAAGUACACAAACCCCAGCCUCCGGGGCAGUCUCUUCAGUGAUGCCUGGCCGAGGAGAGAGCACCAGUCCUGAGACUAACGUACUCAAAUACUCAGGUCAGGAAGGGCUAUAUUCAGGAGUCAGCCUGGCUUCCACUGCAGACGUUACAGCCUCCGUGAGACAGGAUUCCUGGUGUGCCUUGGCACUGGCAUGAAUUGAGUGUUGGAGAUGGAUACUUACACUGGGCUGCAACCUGAAGUCAGCUACCCGUUGCGUUGUGUAUUUUUCUUGUAUCAAGCAGACCAAGAAGCAAUGAAAGUGCUGGCAGGGAUAUUCCUCAUCAGUUCUCUCGGUGCCUUGAUUUUAGAGGUGUUUACUCCCAAGGUCUCUACAGCCUAAACCGCUUCUGUUAGUUCCACUGUCACCAGGGAUGCCCUUCUGCACUAUUGAUAAGUCCCAAAGGUAGAUCUUCACCACAGCUACCAGUGCUGCCUUGUGUAUUUGAGGAUCAUGAUGUAUUUGUGUCACUCCCACUCAGCCAACAUCCAGGAUCUGAUUGGUGUCAACACUUCUUAUAGACAAAAGCAAGCAAAAGCUUUCAUUGUUAGGAGCAGUGUGGCAAAGAACAGCUAAUAAGCGUGUGGCUCAUUCCAGCGUGUGCAUCAUGAAACCUGACAGUUUAAUGCGGUCUCCUCUCCCAAGUCUGUGUUCCAGCUACAACUUUCUCCUCGCAACGUUCACAUGUUUCUGAACAGCUUUUUUUUUUUAAAAAAAAGGUUUCCACCCAAUGAAGUAAAUCACAUUUGGUAUACUCUUCUCAAAUUAGGACUAACAAGACCUUUGGUUUAAAGUAUUUGCAAGGCUGCAUUAUUGCUUUUCACAUGUACUGUGAUGGAGGUUGAUGAAGUUUCCCAUAUUGUGACUAAACUAUACAUAGUCUGCUGGAAAUUGUCAACAGGGUAGCAUUCAGAUUUUUUUUUUCCUUCCAGGCAUACAAUAAUUUUUUUUUAUAAAAGUGCAAUUUUUGAUGCAGCAAUCAGUGUUAAAUCGUAAGCAUAAGAUUUAACAGCAGUUUUUAUAUGAAUGAAUGGAAUGAAUGUAAACUUUUUAACUUAAUGGUACGUAAAUAAUUUAAAAGAAAGGUUAACUAGGCAUCCCUGUAGGGUUUUUAUUACAACAAAGAUGUUCUACUUCUGCAUUACCAAUUAUUAAAACAAAAGUUUCAAGAACAAAUAUUUUCUCAGGAAAAAUUGACCCUAAAUGACUAUUCAGUCAUAAGCUUUUCUAGAUAACUACCAGUUCAUGCCCAUUAUUUUGACACUGAAUAAAGUAUUGCUAGAAACAUAUCGACUGCAGUGAAACUUUACUACCUAAUGGAUUCCUAUGUAAAUACUCCAUCAAAUAUUUAGGUUUCUUUAAAAUAUGCAAUCUGUAUAAUGUAGCUGACCCAUAGCUAGGUUGGUAUACAUUUUAAGAAAUGGGAUUUCAUAUGGAAAGUUGUUUUCAUUGAAGGUUUAAAAAUAAAAUGGUUAUGUGUUUUCUGUA